CUUACUUCAUCACGCACAUGCGGAAAGAAAAUGGCCGACAACAACAGUGCAGUGGUGUCUGCAGUGCCGAAUGUCGGGCAAAUGGCAGAAGACACGGGUACCACGGACCCAGGGGACGAUGACGAUCCUUUAUCUGAGAAUCAGGACCACGCAGAGGAGACGAUGUUUAUAAACCAGACAGCCCCGCCUGAAAAUCAAUGGUAUCAUGGCCGACUGGGUCGUCAGGCAGCGGAGGACAGACUUCGUACUGCGGGAGAGUCGGGAAGUUACCUGGUGAGGGAGAGUGAGAGAAACAAAGGAUCCUAUGUUCUCUCCUACCUGGGGAAGAAUGGACUUACACACUUUAAGAUUUCAGCAAUUUGUGGUGAUUACUACAUUGGCGGGCGGCGUUUUGACAGUCUGUCUCUGUUAGUGGGUUAUUACACUUCCUGUUCAUACCUUCUCAAAGGGGAACAACUCAAGUAUCCUGUCUCCCCACCAGAACCUGUUGAUGACAGAAGAAAAGUUGUGGCAGUGUUGUCAUUUUCCAAAAUGCCAGAAACGGAUGAGCUGAGUUUUGAGAAAGGAGAUGUGUUCAUUGUAUUAAAUGAGAUGGGAGAUGGAUGGCUUUGGGUUAAGUCAUUAAGGACAAAUGAAGAUGGCCAAAUCCACGAAGCACUUGUUGAUGAUUUGAGUGACAGUGUGGAACCAGUUCAGGGUCUGCCAUACUUCCAUGAUAGCAUAACAAAGGAACAGGCGGUGGAAAAACUCAAAGAAGCUGGCCAAGGGAGUUUUCUUGUCAGACCAAGUGAAAAUUCACCCGGGAACUAUUCAUUGUUUGUGUUAUGUGAUAAGGUGGUGCAACGAUUCCGAAUAGAAAAACAAGGAAAACAAUUAUUUCUAAUGGGUGGGAGAUAUUUUGAAAGUUUGGAUGGAAUCAUAGAAAGAUACAAGAAAGAAGAGAUUGUCGAGGGACAUACCUUAGGAGUCCCAGUUAACAGAGAGAUGAAAAUCAAGUCUGAUAAGUUGGAUAGGUUGUCUCACAAGGGAUCAACUGAUGACCUGUAUGACUCCAUCAGACAAAGUUCACGGGGCCCCAUGACAGGUCGAAAGGGCAACAAGUUGGAAAUGAAUGGAUACCUAUACAUCAAGAAAAAUAGUCAAACAAAAAAAUUUAAAAACAUGUUUUUUGUGUUGCUUGGAGAUGAUCAACAGCUUUGUUAUUUAGAAAAUGAAAAGAGGUCUCGUCCCAAGGGAUUGAUAGAUCUUAGCUACAGUUCCCUUUAUCCUGUUCAUGACAGCUUUUUUGGAAGGCCCAAUUGUUUCCAGUUAAUAACAAAUUCAUUUAAUCAUUCCCAAAUUUACUAUUUGUGUGCUGAGAAUGUGGAUUUAGCACAGAAAUGGAUCCAAAGACUCCGGCCUUACUGUGUCAAUACAGCUCCCAGUUCCCAACAGCGAUCCUCAGUUCUGAAGGAGUUGCGGUCUCUGACAGUGGAAGUAGUUGAUGCUCAGAAACUGUCCACUAAACUUCUACCCCAUCCUUACUGUAUUGUUAAUCUGAAGAACCCUAGUCUGAACCCCAUCAAGGUGUGUCGGACACAAGUGGAGGAAGUCCUCAAUCCAGUAUGGGAAGAAAAAUUUAUUCUAGAUGAUGUACCAUCCGAUAUAGAAUCAAUCAGCAUUAGUGUUCACAAUCAUAGUAAAAGAUUUAUUGACAAGGAAAUUGGAAAACCAAUAGCUCAAAUUUCUGUACAGUUAGAAGACAUAAAGAGUCUUGAUCUAUUUGCAAAAUGGUUUCCUCUAGUCCCAGUGAGCCCUACAUCUCGAGGAGAGAUGGGAUCACUACGAAUACGAGCUCGAUAUUUGCAUGAAGUAAUAAUGCCAGAAGACAAAUAUUCUACACUUAAAGAGUUAAUAUUAAAUGGAGAUUUGAUUAAUUUACUGGAACUGUUUAACAUCUGUGGUAAUGACAGAAUUCCCUUGGCCAAAGCUCUUCUUCAAAUUUUCCGGCAUGAGAAACAAGAAAAAGUUAUACUUAAAACCAUGAAUGACCUUGAAAUAGCCCGUGAAGACAAUAUGUCUACCCUGUUCCGAGCCACUUCCCUGGCUACUACUUUGAUGGACCAAUACAUGAAGAUGACGGCCUCACAGUUUGUAGCCACGGCCUUGAAAGACCCAAUCAUUCAUAUCACAGAGAGCAAGCAGUCUUGUGAGCUUAAUCCUACAAUGUUGGAGAGUGGAGGUGAUAUUGGAACCAACAGAGAACAUUUCUUACAUUUUCUGGAGGAGGUGACAGAAUCCAUAUUUAGAUCCACAGACAGCUGUCCCAAAGUUCUGCGGUACAUAUGUGGCUGUUUACAGCGAAGUGUGUCGGCCAAAUGGCCAAUGGAUGAGAGUGUUCGGACGCGAGUUGUUAGUGGCUUCAUUUUUCUGAGGCUAUUAUGUCCAGCAAUCCUAAACCCAAAAUCUUUCAAUUUGAUAACAGAGACACCAUCAGAAGUGGCCUGCAGAACAUUAAAACUAAUUGCAAAAGCAUUACAGAACCUGGCAAACCUGGUGGAAUUUGGAAUCAAAGAGGCUUUCAUGGAAGUGAUAAAUCCAUUUAUCAAGAAAAACAAGCCUAGAAUGAUCAAGUUUUUAGAUGAGUUGUCUCAGGUUGAUGACAGUCAAACAUCAUCAGAGAAUUCUUUGCCAGUUGACAGUGUAACUAGAGACUUGGCUACCAUGCACACAAUAUGUGCCACCCACCAAUUAGAACUCAGGAAACAAGCCGAGACCAAGCCCUCAUUAAAGAAGUUAGUAGCAGUCACAGACAUUUUAACAGACCACAAGAAGCGAUACAUGACAUGAUGAAUGCUGAGGGUGGUGCAUUAUUCCCUAUUGUUUGGUCUCCACAAAAGUCAAGGACAUGACAAUGGAGGAUUCAUUGUCCUGAAUGGCCCACCUCAGGAAUGCCGGCAAUCAUGUUGGACGAUAUCAUCUUCAGUCCCAAAAUAGUGACAGGGAUUUGACUAUGGUCUACUGACUUCCUUCCAUGUUUCAAGCUGAGGCAAUUGCAAUAGACAACAAACACUUUUUCCAUGUUUGUACAUCAUUGAUCAAUCAUUCAGAAAACAUUGUUGACUGGCUUGUUGCUUGUUAGUUAAAUUCAUAAUGAGCUUAUAUGUAAACAUUGUUCUUGAAAUAUUUCACUUUGAAAAUGGCAUUAUAAUGAGAGAUUGUUAUAGUUGAUUGCUUACAGAGUUUAGUUGUUGUGCUGAAGAAGAUAAUUUAUUUUAAUUUGGAAUACAGCUGUAUGUACAUGUAUGUGUGUGAAAGAAGAAUAUAAAGUUAUGUUUAGAGAAAUCAAGCUUUCAUUUUACCAAAGAAUGUAAAGUUCUUAAAUGAAUGAUAUUUUUAUCUAGUCUCAAAGAUUUUUUUUUAAUUAUGGUGUUGAUUACGACAUUAAAAAUGAAAUGUAAUACUGAUAUAAAUAUAUAUUUGUUUUGAAAGAAUGGUUGCAUUUAAUUGGAAAUAGAAAUAAUUUAUUAUGGGCAGUAUGACAAUCAAGUUGAAACAAAAAAAUGAAUAGUUUAAAUGAAUAAAAAUUUAAAUUCCCCUCACAAGUAAAGUUCCAGAGGGGGGUUCCUGGAAUCAACAUGUCCAUCUGUCUAUCCUGAAAUACCUCUUGUCCGGAAAAAAUAAAACAUUUUUUUUUAACUUUGUAGAAAUAAUAAAAACUAUUUAAACAUGUGCACCUGGUAUUUUUAGAUUGUUCUCAAAAUUUUAAUUAGUUGUGGCUUUUUAAGUUUUUUUUGUACAUACCCCAGAACACUGUAUCUUGUGUGGAAGGAAUGAGAAGAUGUAUCUCAAACUCAUACUUAUCACAAAGACAGCUUGUGUCCAGAGGUAUGUCAUAACCCAUCACCAAGGCCAUUUAAAUGAGGUCAAGGUCAAAGUGUGCAAAAGUAUUACUGUUCUAGUCACCAUUUUGAAAUGGAGAAAUAUUAGAUGCUGCUACUUAAGAUAAAAAUUACCAGUGACAUGAAGGGAUAUCCUGUCCCUAACCAGGAUAAUUUGGACAAGAGGAUUAUGAUCUCAGGAUGUGUCAUGAUCCAAACAAAGGUCAUGUAGACAGGGUUCAGAAGUGUUAAAAGAAAUAUAAAAUUUUUAAAUAAAACUUUGUAUUGGAGGAGAAUCAUGAGUCAUACUUCAUACAAUGAUUGUAAUCAAGAGGAAUUCUUAACUUUGGUGGUUUGGACAAGGUCAAGGUCAUAUGGCUCUGAAGUAAAUGUUGAUUUUUUAAUGCUUCGAGUAUUAGUACAUGUACUAUUAGGGGAGUUCUAACUUCUAAAUCUGUAAUUUUUUUAAUUCUUUGGGUUUGGCAAACAACUUUUUUCCCUGUGCAAUGCUAUUUUAGAAAAAAGAGUUUUUAUGAAUGCAGUGCACUCGGCAUGAUGUACGAAAAAUGCAGCUUUUUCAAAACCUGGAUUUUACUUCCACUUUAAAUAAAACUAAAAAUUAAAGGAAAAAAAAUACUAUAAAAUCUUUAUCUAAGAGAAAGCAGAACUUCUAUAUACCUUGAUGAACAUUUUACUAGUAUUUGCAGCAUGGCAAAAGAAAUUUAGAGAAAAAAUCCACUGAAAGAGGGGCCUUUUUAGGGAUAAGUGCAAUAAAUUUCUUUUCUCUGAGUAUGGUGUUCAUCUUGCUUGUCCAAAAAUUUCAUUAUUCAUGUUUUUUAUAUCAUCAUUUUGACCUAUUUCAUAGUUGAAAACUCAAGAUUUCCUUGGUAUGCACUUGCUUUCUGGUGUAACCAUAUGAUGAAAUAAAUAAUUAAGAUUUGA